AUGGAUCCUCUGUCGAGUUACCAGAUCAAGAAUUUCUUCCAGAAGCACAGCCCCAUCACCAUGAAAGCCUGUCACGUAAAGGCCGUCGCUCUUGCUGGUGGAGGGGUCGCUGAGCCCACGCCUGGGCAAGGUGCACAGAGUUACACAGUCCGAAUAACCAAUGGCACGAAGAAGGUCAUUGUUCAGUUUCGUGAUCCGGCCUACCCACUGGACGCCGACCUCGUUGUCGCCGCACAAGAGACCUAUGGGCAGCUGGUGCCGAGCUGCAAACAUCUUGAAGGACAGUUAGACCCACUCCAUGUGUAUACGAUGAACGACGUCUCUGGUGUUGGGUUUAAUACUGUACGUGACAUUCUUCUCCGUCCCGAGAAUGGCCAUCUUCUGGCGCGGACCAUACAGGACUUUGCAGUGCCGGCCUCGAUGCCCAUCUGGACCAAUGACUCGAUUCAGCUCGAUUACCUAUCCCACCUUGAGUGCCUCUCCAACGGCCUUCCCGACCGUUUUCAAACCCUGUUAAAUGAGCUUAGGGCCCAAUUGCCGUCCCUUUUUGAGGGAGAUUUACCCAUGGUGAUUAACCACUGGGACCUCCUCGAGAACAACAUACACGUGGACGCACAGACAGGCUGCCUUACUGGUAUCGUGGAUUGGCGUGAUGCCAGAAUGGGCCCCUUCGGCACUCAGUUCUGGGGACUUGAGAACAUCCUCGGCAUCCGGACGGGAGGUGGAAUGCGCUUCCACGCUAACCACAUCGAACUUCGCCGAUUGUUCUGGGACACGCUCUAUAAGCGAAUUGGGGACGUGCCUGAGAGCACACGAGCCGGGAUCCGGGCUGCGAGGAUGAUUGGCAUCUUCUUUGCCAACGACGACUUUGAAGACGACUUCCCCGUGAAAGAGGGCACCAGGGAACUGGCUGUUCUCGAGUCAGUCACUCUAGGAUUGCUGGACGUAUACUCUAUUGAUGCUUCAUAA